GGCAUCCGGUGGCGCAGGAGGCGGUUGGACAGCAGGUGCGGGUUGCCGAGCGGGCGGCAAAUACAGAGGACGCGCAGAUCUUUGAUGGUGAGUGAAGCAGCGGCCGACAGGAGGGAUGUGUCACCACCAAACUCGGAGCUGUCUACUGGGAAGAUGAACCCACGCGCUCCUGGCUGGAAUAAGAGGUUGAGGAUUGGUGCAGCAGCACCAAGUCGCCCUCCUUGCCCAAACCGUGUCAGUGCAUUUGAGAAAGCAGUCCGGAACUAUGCUGAGAAUUCAAGAGACAAUGUGGUCACGCCAAGUAUUGGCACGACAUUUGACUCAGUGGGAGAGGCGUACGACUUCUACAAUCUGUACUCAUGGGAAAAGGGAUUUGGGAUUUGCUAUGGCAAGAGUAGGCUUAAUGUUGAGAGGAUUAAAUGCAUGCAAGAAAUCGUUUGCGGUUGCUCGGGCAAAGCUGGUGUUGAAAAUACAAGAUCGUGCCGCUGCGAAUGCCCAGCUCUAAUAAGGCUCCUACGAGCAGAGGAUAAUGGGUGGUACAUCGCAGAGCACAGGGAUAGUCACAACCACUCAUUAUCGCUCAACUUUGGCGAGACGCUGCACUGGCCGUCACACAAGCAUAUAGAUGUUUACACAAGAGAUCUCGUGAAGCAGUUAAGGCAGAACAAUGUCAAUUUGGCUAAGGUGUACAGCAUAAUCGGAGGUUUCUUUGGAUCGAUGGAUAAUGUCCCCUUCACAAAAAGGUCUUUGCGUAGUCUUUUUGUGGUAGAAUUAACCGAGAGCACGCAGAAGAUGAUGUGA